AGAUGCGAAGGAAGGGCGGGGUUAAUGGGUGUAGGUUGAGGUGGACUGUCACAGCGGCCAUGGCUGCCACCGGAGUCUUGCCCUUCAUCAGGGGUGUGGAUCUAAGUGGAAAUGAUUUUAAAGGUGGUUAUUUUCCUGAACAUGUUAAGUGUAUGACCAGUUUGCGAUGGCUGAAACUGAACCGAACAGGACUUUGCUACUUACCCGAGGAAUUGGCUUCUCUUCAUAAACUGGAACAUUUAUCAGUGAGUCAUAACAGUUUGACAACACUUCAUGGGGAUCUCUCUAGUCUGCCUUGCUUGCGGGCCAUUGUUGCUCGAGCUAAUAACUUGAAAAAUUCUGGUGUUCCUGAUGACAUUUUCCAGUUGGAUGAUCUCUCUGUGCUGGACCUCAGCUAUAAUCAGUUGACUGAGAUUCCUAGGGAACUAGAGAAUGCUAAAAACAUGCUGGUGCUCAACUUGAGUCAUAACAGUAUUGACAACAUCCCAAACCAACUGUUUAUAAACCUCACUGAUUUGCUAUACCUGGACCUGAGUGAAAAUAAGCUGGAGAGUUUGCCUCCUCAGAUGAGACGCUUGGUUCAUCUCCAGACACUAAUUUUGAAUAACAACCCACUCAUGCAUGCGCAAAUGCGGCAGCUUCCUGCAAUGACAGCUCUACAAACACUGCAUCUCAGAAAUACACAACGCACACAAAGCAACUUGCCUACAAGCUUCGAGGCCCUGUCUGGUCUGUUGGAUGUGGACUUGUCGUGUAAUGAUCUUAGCCGGGUACCUGAGUGCUUGUAUACCCUCUCGUCUCUGCGGCGGCUGAACCUCAGCACCAACCAGAUCUCCGAGCUCUCACUCUGCAUCGAUCAGUGGACGCAGCUGGACACACUGAACCUCUCCCGCAACCAACUCACUUCACUUCCUUCAGCCAUCUGCAAGUUAACAAAGAUAAAGAAGUUGUACUUGAACUCAAACAAGCUGGAUUUCGAUGGAAUCCCAUCAGGCAUUGGAAAAUUGGCCAACUUGGAGGAAUUUAUGGCAGCCAAUAAUAACCUUGAGCUGGUCCCAGAGAGUCUGUGCAGAUGUGCAAAAUUAAAGAAGCUGAUUCUUACUAAAAAUCGUCUGGUCACUCUGCCUGAAGCCAUCCAUUUUCUUGGAGAUAUACAGGUUCUGGAUGUUCGGGAAAAUCCUAAUUUGAUUAUGCCCCCUAAACCAGUGGAUCAAACAGCAGAGUUUUACAAUAUUGACUUCUCCUUGCAGAACCAGCUUAGAUUGGCUGGUGCAUCACCAGCUGCAGUCGCAGCAGCUGCUGGAGGGGUCACUCCUCGGGAUCCAAUAGCUCGAAAAAUGCGUCUCCGGAGAAGAAAGGACUCCUCCCAAGAUGACCAGGCCAAACAAGUACUGAAAGGAAUGAGCGAUGUAACACAAGAAAAGAACAAAAAAAUGGAGGAGGUGGGAGAAGUCAAGUACUCCGACCUGAACACCAAGCGAUGGGAACAGGGUCUGGAGAAACCUCCACUUGAUUAUUCGGAGUUCUUCACCGACGAUGUUGGCCAUAUCCCAGGGGUCAUGAUUUGGCACAUAGAGAAUUUUAUUCCUUCUCAAAUUGAUGAGGCUUUUCAUGGGAAGUUCUACGAAGCAGACUGUUACAUUAUCCUGAAGACGAUACUAGAUGAGAACGGUGCUUUGAGCUGGCAAAUAUUCUACUGGAUUGGUCAGGCAGCUACAAUGGAUAAAAAAGCAUGUGCUGCCAUUCAUGCCGUCAAUCUCCGUAAUUUACUUGGAGCACAGUGCAGGACAAUUCGUGAGGAAAUGGGCGAUGAGAGUGAAGAAUUUAGUGCGAUAUUUGAUAGCAUUGCCUAUAUCGAAGGGGGAACAGCAAGUGGCUUCUACACAGUAGAAGAAGCACUGUACAUCACCAGGUUAUUUCGCAUCUAUGGUAAGAAGAAUGUAAAAUUGGAGCCUGUUCCACUUAAAGCGUCAAGUUUGGAUCCUCGUUUUGUGUUCCUUCUCGAUCAUGGACUUGAGAUUUACAUCUGGAGGGGCUCCCAGGCCACUUUAAGUGCAAGCACCAAAGCCAGGCUAUUUGCUGAAAAGAUAAUUAAAAACGAGAGAAAAGGAAAUGGAGAGAUUGUACAAUUAAUGCAGACUCAGGAGGUGCCAGAAUUUUGGGAGGUGCUGGGCGGACAACCUGAGCAGAUUACAUGUCACGUGGUGGACAACUUCAAGCCAGUGAGGCCUAAGCUUUAUAAGGUUGGAUUGGGCCUCGGAUACUUGGAACUUCCUCAGAUUAAUUACAAACUCUCCGUAGAACAUAAAGUGAGGCCGAAGGUUGACCUGUUUCCAGAAAUGCGACUGGUCCAGAGUCUUUUAGAUACAAAGUCCGUCUAUAUCUUGGAUUGCUGGUCGGACGUCUUCAUCUGGAUUGGGCGCAAGUCCCCACGAAUGGUCAGAGCCGCAGCCCUGAAGCUGGGCCAGGAGCUGUGUAGUAUGUUACACCGCCCCAAACAUGCUAUUGUCAUCCGAAACCAGGAAGGAACAGAAUGUCAAGUGUUUAAAUCUAAGUUCCGUAACUGGGACGAUGUCCUGAAAGUGGAUUACACGAGAAACGCAGAGACUGUGCAGAAGAAAGGACUUGCCGAUAAAGUGAAGAAGGAUGCAGAGAAGAAAGACCAGAUUAAAGCAGAUCUGACUGCCCUGUUCUUGCCUCGCCAGCCACCAAUGGCACUCUUGGAGGCUGACCAGAUGAUGGAGGAGUGGAACGAGGACCUGGAUGGAAUGGAGGGCUUUGUUCUGGAAGGAAAGAAAUUUGCACGUCUCCCUGAAGAAGAUUUUGGUCAUUUUUACACGCAGGACUGUUAUGUCUUUCUUUGCAGGUACUGGGUUCCUGUGGAGUAUGACGAUGAUCAAAAAGACAAAGAAAAGAUGGAAGAGGGUGGACAUGAUGAAGAAAAGCAGCAGGAGGAAGACUUUCAGUGUGUGGUGUACUUCUGGCAGGGCCGAAAGGCUUCCAACAUGGGAUGGCUAACUUUCACCUUCAGCCUGCAGAAGAAAUUUGAGAGCCUUUUCCCAGGCAAGCUUGAGGUGGUGCGGAUGACCCAACAGCAAGAGAACCUGAAGUUUCUAUCUCACUUCAAAAGGAAAUUCAUUAUUCACAAAGGAAAAAAGAAGACGCCAGAGAAUGGUCUACAGCCCAGCCUCUAUCACAUUCGCACAAACGGUAGUGCCCUCUGCUCCAGGUGUAUCCAGAUCAGCACAGAUUCUAGUAUGUUGAACUCGGAGUUCUGUUACAUCCUUAAGGUUCCCUUUGAGAGUAUUGAUAACCAAGGUAUUGUUUACACCUGGGUUGGACGUGCAGCAGACCCGGAUGAAGCCAAACUUGCUGAAGAUAUCAUGAAUAAUAUGUUUGAUGAGACGUACAGCAAACAGGUAAUCAAUGAAGGAGAGGAGCCAGAGAAUUUCUUCUGGGUUGGAAUAGGUGGAGAAAAGCAAUACGACGAAGAUGCAGAUUAUAUGAAACACUCCAGGCUUUUUAGGUGCUCCAAUGAAAAGGGCUAUUUCUCUGUAUCGGAAAAAUGUUCUGAUUUCUGUCAAGAUGACCUUGCAGAUGAUGACAUCAUGUUACUUGACAAUGGAGAACAGGUUUACAUGUGGGUAGGAACACAGACCAGUCAAGUGGAGAUCAAACUGAGCCUCAAGGCUUGCCAGGUGUAUAUCCAACACAUGAGAGCCAAAGACAGCGAACACCCACGCAAAUUACGGCUGGUCCGGAAAGGGAAUGAACCGCAUCACUUUACACGCUGCUAUCAUGCCUGGGGCGCAUUCAAACAAACACUUGCUUAAGCACUUAGUCACCUUUUACCCUUCCUUUAUGCAGAAAUAGGAUGAGUGAGGGAGCCCACCCUCAAGGAUCUAUUUCUAAAGCAGCAUUUUGAAAGCAAAAUUUGCUCUGCUUAAAAGCAAAUUAUUUUCCAUUCAGCUUCCUGGUUACUGCACUGAAGACUUGAUCAGCCUGCUGUUAGUUAUAACUGAGGUAGUAUAGUUUUUUUUGGUCAACAAUAGGAUGAAGACUGCUGGAUCAGGAAUAGAACUGGUGUAUUUCCUAAUUUAAAACUUUCUACACUAAUGUGCAGUCCUGAUGCUCAGUAUGAAAGGCCAAUAUUCCUCUGUGCCAGGUUGCACAACAAAGUGUAAGAAUGCAAGAAGGGUGAUAAUACAUUAGUUGAAAUACUUUGAAUGUGAUAAUGCAUGGAUUCAAACAUGGAAAUUGGUUCCAAAAUCCCUGCUGGCCAAACAUGCACGAUAGCACCAAGACAAGCUUAAAUGACACUGUAGGGAGGAAAGUUAGUGCCAAAAUUAAAACAUUAUUUAACUUCAAAUGCCUGAUAGUCUACAACUUCACAGAAAUGAAUUUCAGAAAGUGAUUUUAAAAUUUGAUUGUGCAAUUUAUAUUAACCAAAGCACAUAACCACAAGUGUUACAUACUGUUUUUUUUAAAUCUGGUUACAAAACUAUGGAAAUGCACUGUGAUAGUAAAUAGUGAGAGUUGGGCAUUUAGAACCUUUACACUGAAAAUGGGUAAAUCACAAAAAUAGGCUGGUGUGAUAAAGCAAUUUUGUUAAAGACAUGUAAAAAUUAUUUAAUUCCUAUGAAGAUGAGCAAUAAAUCUCUGGCAUUUGGUUUCCAA